AUGGUCGUAACAACAGAUGCUUCCGGCUCCUACGAGGCUCGACCUCAGUCUACAACCUGCAAGAUGCUCCACACAGAGGGAAGCAAGAUCGUCGACCCCUCGGGUAACCAAGUCAUUCUCAAAGGCACCGCCAUCGGCGGCAUGCUCAACAUGGAGAACUUCAUAACAGGCUAUGCAGGCCACGAAUUCCAACAUCGCCAGCAAAUGGCAGAAGUUCUCGGUGAAGAGAAGGCCAAUUACUUCUUCGAUAGACUUCUCCACCACUUCUUCACAGACUCAGAUGCUGCUUACUUCGCUUCACUGGGUCUCAACUGCAUUCGUAUCCCAUUUAAUUAUCGUCAUUUCAUCGAUGAUAUGGAACCCGACAAUCUCAAGCAAUCGGGAUUCGAUUGGUUGGAUCGUUGUGUGGAUAUCUGUGCCAGACACAACCUUUAUGCUGUUCUUGAUCUGCAUGCCGUUCCUGGCGGUCAGAAUCAGGAUUGGCAUAGCGACUCUGGUCUCUCCUGCGCAGCAUUCUGGGAUUUCAAGGACCAUCAAGACCGGGCUACUAAACUCUGGGUAGCUUUGGCCAAACACUACAAGAGUAACCCCUCCAUCGCUGGCUACAAUCUCCUUAACGAACCUGCCGAUGAGUCCAAGACUCCUUCAGGCCACUACGGCGAUAGACUGAUUAAGUGGUACGAACGCGUUGAGAAGGAGGUCAGAGCCGUUGACCCCGACCACAUGAUAUUUAUCGACGGCAACACCUACGCCAUGGACUUCCGCGCCUUCCCCAACAAGCCUUUUCCCAACGCUGUGUAUGCCUGCCACGACUAUAGCUUCCUCGGCUUUCCCAUCGGAGAGCAAUACGAGGGCACAGACGAUCAAAACGCCAAGUUACGCAGUAGCUUCGAGCGCAAGGUGCAGUUCAUGAGAGAGAAGAACGUACCUAUCUGGAACGGCGAGUUCGGUCCUGUAUAUCAGAAUGAGCAUAAGGAGGGAGAGGAAGGUGUAAAGACCAACGAGAAGCGCUUCAAUCUUUUGCAGGAACAACUUGCUAUCUACAGAGAGACAGAUGUCAGCUGGUCAAUUUGGCUGUACAAGGACAUUGGUUAUCAAGGAAUGGUGUACCUUGACCCUGAGUCCCCCUACAUGCGACUCAUUGCACCUUUUGUGACGAAGAAACAGCGUCUGGGUCUUGACUUCUGGGGCGUCGUCAAUAAAGAUGGCGUCAAGCAUCUGUACGAGCCGUUCAUCCAGGGUUUGAAGGAUGAGGUGCUGGAGAAGUACAGAGAUACCAAGUAUCCCAAGAUCUGGACAUUCGAGCGUCAGUUUGAACGAGUUAUUCGGGAAUGUCUUAUGAGUGAGUAUGUGGGUUGGGAGUUGGCGGAGCUGUUCAGAGACAAGAGUAAGGAUGAGCUUGAGGAGUUGGCGAGUAGCUUUUCGUUUGAGAAGUGUAUCAAGAGGGAUAGGUUGGUUGGUAUUUUGAGUCAUGAUUCUAAGAGUUCCGGAGGAAAAGCAGUAGGGUAG